UUCAUGGUGGUUUAUUCGUCCCGUUUGCUUGAGAGUCAGAAGCUGUAUUUAUAGCCACUUAUGGCGUUAAUUUGGAGCAAAUACUGUUUGCGGUUUGUAGGAGAGCUGAUGGGCAGCAGAAGUGGGUUAUAUUUAUGCCGCAGGAGUUGUUUGAGAAGUUGCUUUUUAGCCGCUAGGGGUCACUGUUGGAUCAUUAACUUCCCUAACUCUAAAAUAAGAAUUACUUCUCAAACCUACAUGGGGUUAGCUAGUUAUUAAUACUCUAAACGGACUGUAGGUUUCGUUGGGGUAUUCCUAUAACGCCCUUUAAACUGUAUAUUAAAACCUAACUCUAAAAAUAUGACAUUGUUUUUUGUGCUCUGGCGCCACCUAUCAGCGUAUCAUUUGCUUCCUAUUCCCACAAUAUCCGUGGGCCCUUCGGUGUGUGCUAUACGGGGGAGGCGUGCUUCCGGCAGGUAAGAGGUGACGUGAUGCCUCAAAAUGGUAGGAACAGUGAGGGUAGAAGAAGAGGAAUGAGUCGCAACACCUGUAAAGCCAAUAGUCAGGUCAGCGGUCAGGUCCCAGCCACAGGUUUGGUUUAUUGUGCCAUUGUUCACAAUGGCUGCCCAGCUGCUGCCACUAGAACCAGUGAGAGCACACCAGCUGGCACACUGAAUGGUACCAAACCACAAUGCAUGGUUAAUGGUUAUAUUAACCAUGGGUACAAGGGCAAGAGUACGAAAGCAGCGCCCCAGAGGACACUCCGAAAACAAGGAAGCACGAUUUCAGCUGUCACUGAUGCCUCAGCAGAUGGCAGGGUCCACAGUGCAGGCAUUCCAGGUGGUAUCUCAGUGAAUGGGGCCACCAGUCUAGACACUGUUGCUUUGCCCUGUAAUUCUGACCAAAUGGCACCAGAGCCCAGCCCGUCAGCAGCAGCAAAGAACCAGAGAAGAAGAAGGAACAAAUUCAGACGUAAGAAGAGACACACUGAAGUCGUCUGUCCGGAGAACCCGACACCACCAGUGGUUCCACCACAUGAGGAGGAAGACUGGGAAAAUGAGAUCCAAGAGGUCACACUGACUGACUGGGAAAAGAUGUGUUUUGGGGUCAGACCGUAUGGUCCAGAAGAUGUGCUCCAUUUUGCUUUGCGGGAUUUAACACUUAGGCAAAGGGACACAGUUGACCUGCCGUUGACAGCCAAUUACAGCCCGACCGUACACCACCCACGCCCUGUCCAAUGGUCCUGCUACGGCAUUCCCACUGAGCCAGACCAGUUCGCAGACGCUGACGAGUAAGCCAGGCAUAUGUUGUUGCGUUAGAGGAUUGGUAGAAAUCAAUGUUCACGUACCAAAAUUAAUUGAGAAGUUCUGCUGUGGAUGUAGUUAGCCCUUAUUGGCAAUGUGCAGAUUUUCUGGUCGUGUGACCUACUUGGGGAUCCUGGAUAGUACCCAUGCUUAGAAUAUUUGUUUUUCCUCAUCUAAAACAUUAGUGGAAUAAAUAAAAUUUAAAACUUUAAAACUAGAGCUAUGUUAAGCUUCAAAAUCAAAUAGGUUAAUCAUAGAUCAAAUAUUGUAGGGUGGAGUCUAGGUUGCAAUCAGGUUAUUUUUUUAUGGUAGGUCUUAUUUUAUAAUUUAUAUUCAGAUUUUAUAUUUGUUUUAUAUUGCAACAUAUUAAUUUGUUUGGCUUCUGUGGUCUUAAAGAAUGAUUUUAGCUAACUACCAUACAUUGCUGUUGUACCGCUUCAGUGACUGUUGUUACUGAAAAUGGUCAUGCAUUUACUGUUCUUCCAUUUCAUAUCUUCAUAAUUUUUCUAGUCUUCCAAGAACUGAAAAAAUGUUUUUUAUGCCUGAAAUGGGAUCACUGUUGUCAUAAUAAGUUUCUCUUUUUGAGCUAUACGAUCAAUUUUAUAGUUUAUAAAUUGCACAAGUUCACAACAAGUACAUGAAGCAACUAUUUUCAUUUGGGGCAGCAAGCUUAACCAAGAAAUUAUGGAUGGAUUAUGUAACAGGAACUAAUUGUUAUCUGCCUGUUCAGACCUUCAUUUUCAUUUUCACAACCACAAUAAAUCACAUUUUCUUCUA